UACGGAAUGUAAUACAGAAUGUUUGUAAAUAAUUACAAGUACAUGAUGUUUGUACGUACGUUACUUAUAUAGAGGAAAUUGUGAUUUUCAUAAAAAAGAACGCGGUGGAAGUCAGUUGGUUAAUAUGUUAAUCGUGUUAGUCCAUCAUUUCUGUGGCAAUACGAUUUACAAUGAAUUAGUAUUAUUGAAAUUUUGAAGUAAUUUCGCAAUAACAAGUUUUGACAAGUGCCGUGAAAAUUGGUAGGAAAAGUUAUGCAAAUUUAAGACUAAAUGCAAACAAAGUUUGCCGAUAUUCUAAAUAAAUACUUAACAACUAGUAUGGUUUAUAUAAAAUCGGUGAAUUUAAAAAUCUAUACAUUAAUAGCUAUACCAAGUAUUGGAUUUCUUUUAACCUUGUGGCUAUCUAAAUUACUAGUUUUAUAUACCUAUUAAACACAUGAAAAAAACUGAAUGUUUCCUCUAUGUCGUUGCUUGUCGUUGCUUUUAUUUAUGUAUAAGGAAAGUUUCCCUACUUACGUAGUAACGGAUUUAGUUAAAUAGUGAUUCGUAAUUAUGGAGAAAUUAAAAGAGAGGAUUGUAAAAUGUUUCACACCAAGACCUCACACAGACUUACAGUCAGAGAUCAUCAACAUAAUAGCUGCUCCAAUAUAUUUAUAUACCAUAACUGGGGUAUUUUAUCACUCUUUCUUCUACAUCAUGCCUUAUUACUAUGAUAGCAGCUCCUGGACAUUAUUCUGUCAAAAGUGUUUCUUAGCGACUAUAUAUUUCGAAAUGAUGUCUAACUGGUUAUGCAUACAUUUAGUCGAUAACUCGCUAAAAACUCAAGUUAAACAUUCAACAUUCAAUGACAGAAAUAAUCAGGGAGCUACCAAAACAGAUUUAGAAAGUGGUAUCGUUGCUGAUAAACAUACACCAACUAGAAAAGGGAAAAUCGGAACUAUUCCAGGACCGGUUUCAGCUCCGCCCACACCAAAGCGUAGAUCUUAUUGGUCGUGGCAUCUGUGUACAAAGUGCGAUCUCAAUGCCCCUCCCCGCUGCCAUCAUUGUCCUUUCUGUGAUAACUGUGUCUUAAAACGUGACCAUCAUUGUUUCUUCACGAGGAGAUGUGUUGGUUUUUACAAUCAGAGACAUUUUGUGGUGUUUCUUGUAUGGGCGGUAUUUGGUACGGUUUAUACAACAGCUCAUUUUAUCCCAUACUUAUUGCACGUGUUUCUUGUAUCGGCGUGGGAUUUAUUUGCGCCGUUUGCAUUACUACGUGCAUGUUUCGGCUAUGGAGACUUUACAACAGCAAACAUUAUGUUUAUUUUUACCUUCAAUUUGUUAUUUGUGAUGUUAAGCUCUGCGUUUCUAUUCGAACAAAUUGAUUUAAUUAACACCGGAAUAACCCAAUUUGAACAGAAAAAGGUAGAUACAAAGAGACUGGUAAUUUCUGACCCGAGACAUAUUAAUGACAAAGUAAAAGCCGUUCUUGGACAUAAUUAUGCUUCAUCAUUCGUCAUCCCCAUUAUGCACUUAGUUUAUCCACCUCAUGAAAAUCCAUUUCAAUGGCCGGAGCAUAAAAUCUACAAGAAAUGAGGAGAAAAAAACAAUCGUCAUUACUCUGACCUUUCAUUUGAAUAACAAUAAACUUACCCACAAAAAUUGACAUGUGCUAUUUUGGUAACAACUAUGUUGUAGUGAAAAUCUUAUUGUAUCCUUUAAUCUGAUAAUUCAAAUUGGACUGGUCACGGAUCUAUGCAUAUAGGGGAUGUAAGACUAUUUCUAAUACAUGUAAUUAUAUGUCAACUAAGAACAAGAAAAAAAGUAUAUAAUUUUGCUAAAGUUGCUUAAAGAUGCUUAAAGAUUAAAAAUGCUUUUACGUUAAAGAAACAAAACCCUGGAAAAUAUUACUGUUUCUUAAAUGUUCGAAAUAAUUAAUAUAAUACUUUAGCUUUUUAUUAUCAUAUUGUUAUGAUAAGUUUUUGUUACUAUGGCCAACUAUAUAUACACUGUGUACAUAAUUAAUAAUAGUUUAUUAUAUAUAAAUUUAACAUUUUUAUAGUAUAUUAUCAUUGUUUUAUUUUGAGGUAAAACAAUGAUUAAAACAUAUUUCUAGUAUUGUCAUUGUGUAUCAAGCUGAACAAUUAAAUAAAUAUAAAAGUGACCGUUUGUUAGGAUAGUUGGUUUCAUUAUUAGAGUGCGAAGAACUGAUUUUCUGCUAUGGUAUGCAUUGACCAACAUACUCGUAUCUUACUGCCAAACAAGUCAAUUUAUAGAUUUACUUAUUACUUACCCAAUGUUUUAAUUAAUGUCACAAACUUGUGGUAA